AAGUAACUACUUUUAAUGAGUUACUACCAAAACUAAAAAAUAAAUAAUAAAUAAAUAAAAAAUAGUAACAAUUAAAUACAUUGAACAUCAGCAUGAUAAUAUAAACAUUACAACAGUAAAUCAUACAUUUUAUUUAUUUUUUAAAUGACUCCCAGACACUGAGGGAAGAAAAAAAAAAAAAAAAAACGGAUAUGAACUUCAUAAUAAAAAAAAACGUGUGAUCUCAAGAGGCUCUUCUUAUAAAUAACUGACUUCUCAUAACUGCUGAUCUGAAAGCACACACUUUUUCUGUCACACAUUUUAUACUUUAUUAAUGGGUAGUAGUGAAGCUGUUUUUAUGUAGACUGUGAGCGUCAUAUGGGCAGGAAUGGAAAAGCCCUUCAAACCCACUAUUCACACCUCAGUGACACACUCACAAACAGCCACAGCAGUACAUAUGAACAAGCUGUUUUUCCACCCAACAGGUUUUUUUUUUCUCAGCUGUAAAUGAUUCCGACCACAGCAGCAGCUCAACGUGCCUCACAAACUGAGCUGUCAGUGACAAAAUCUGACCACUCUGUGCAUAUCAAGCGCUGACCUCUACUAAAUCAUAUGUUUACUUCAGUGUUUUAGCCAAAUCAUCAUUAGGAGUGUUCAACCUUGGCUGGAUUCAACUUGGGAGGUUUGCUGAAUUGAAACAGAGAAUUAAAGAGUAAAGUAAAGUACAGGAAGCAGGAACUAUUUCCUGUAGAGACGCGGUCAUGUGUGUGUGUGUGUGUGUGUGUGUGUGUUUUAAUGCAUUACAUUUUCUAAAGGUAAUGCAUAUUGUAAAUGUAGUUACAAUAAUUCAUGCGAUCAUACAAUACAUAAUGAGAUGCAUUACAAGGCAUAAUUACCGCAUUAAAAUACUUUCAUAAUGCAUUAUACAGAGGCUUGAAGUAAAGAAUAAAGUUCAACAUAUGCCUGUACUAUUUACAUACCAAUAAAGUGGGUCUAUAUUUAUUUUAUUAGUUGUAUUUUGAUAAAUAUGACACAAUAUUAUAUUACAAUUAGGCUACAUGAGAAGAGUAUAUACUGUUAUAAAAACAGAUUUGUGAGCAUCAUCCAAACUGAAUGGCUGCGUCAAAAAUCGCAUACUUCCACACUAUAUAGUAGGUGAAAAACAGAAUGUGACAAAAGAAGCAUGUAUAAAUUCUUAGAACUGUAAAAGAGUAAAAAAUUUGGUGAUCACUAAACCAUCAUUCCUCCAACAGAGAAUUCUCCCACUUAGAAAUUCAGACUUUCUCAUUGGUCAAGCCAAACUUGAGAGGUGUGACGUUCCCAGACUUUAUAAAGCAUCCACAUAAGUUCCUUCCUCUCUUCUGCUGCGUCUUCUGGUUGUUGCUCAUGUGGGGGAACUUACUUAGGGCCUGAGCGGGUGUGCCUGCGUCUGCCAGUGCCUCAACAUAGAGCCGUGUGCGGUCACCCCCAGGGAGAUGCCUCUCUCACCCAUAAAGAGUCAUACUAACAACACUGGAGUUAGUCUUCACUCAACCCUGGAAUUCACCAUCACUGAAAUGCCAACCUUCAGACAAUUCUCUCUCUUCGCUCCCGGCAGUCUCUGCAUUUUCAUCUCUCGUUUGCGGUCCUCAGUCCUACUGCAGCCCGCAGGGCCAGAAGGUCCCAUUGUACAACCAACCAUGUGCUCACUCAGUAGAGAGGACUCUCUCAACCACAACAGAGUCAAGAAUAACAUUGCAAGUUCAAGAGCUUGCAACUUCAGCCAUCAAAUGGAUCUAUCACAACCUUCUUCAGAGAUUUCUCAAGAGUCUCGUUCAACAGUCAAGGCAAACGCAAGUAUCGUACCCUUCACUAGACAGAGGUGUCUUUGCUGAUGAUGUGGUGACAGUGUCAGUGAGGGAGGGAGAUUCAGUCACUCUAAACACUGAUAUUACCAAAAAACAACAUGACAAGAUGCUGUGGUACUUUGAAGACACUCGCUUAGCUCUAAUCAAUGGACAUUCCAAUACAAGCUGUUUAUAUGAUGGUGAAGGCGGGAGAUUCAGAGACAGACUGAAGGUGGACUAUGAGACUGGAUCUCUGACCAUCACAAACACCAGACCUGAACACGCUGGACGUUAUGAAGCAGAGAUCAUCAGGAGCGAAAGGUCAGGCAAAAGGCAAAGCUUGAACCGAAACCGAAAGUGUGACAGCACAAAAAUAACCCAAAAAAACAGCAACACCAAUGAUGACACCAUAAAAACUUUCAAUUUGAUCGUCAUGGCUUCUCUGUCUGAUGAAGUUAAAGUAAAUGAAGAACCACAAAUGGAGAAGCAGAAGUUUGACUCGGGUCAGACUUCAGCUGCUGUAGCAGGAAUAUGUGUUGCUGUUGUUCUGCUGGUGUUUUCAGCAGCUGUUGGUGUGAUUUACUAUCGCCGCAGGAGAUCUAAAAAUGAUAAGGGGAAAAACGAGAACAAAGCACAGGAGAAAGAGGAUCCUAACAGCAUCUGUGUACACUCUUAGAAAGGAUGUGUUAAAACUGACUCAAACUGUGUUAAAUUCUUACACAUCAGUGUGUGAGUUUAGGGAUAACAUUUAUUGUGUUCUGACACAUUCACUGAGUCAAUGAUUUUAACAGUGAAUGUGUCAGGAAGGUUAACCAGAGGUAGACCAGACCCUCCAAGACCAAUCAAGAGGGAAGUUAAUGAGAUAAUUCAUUAAUUCAUAAAGUCAUUAAUCAAGCACUAGUGAUGAACACCUGCUGUUAACAAGUAGAAUCAUUGAAGGAAAGAGGAAAACAACAACAACAAACUUGACUCAAAUUGGUUAAAUUCUUACACAUCAAUGUGUGAGUUUAGGGACAACACUCAUUGUGUUAAUUUUGACACAUUCAUUGUGUGAUGAUUUUAACACUGUAAAUCUGUCAGGAAGGUGAUCUGUUAACAAACAGAAUCACCAAAGGAGAAAAUCACAAUUUUAGUGUUUGCUUUAGUUGAGCUCUUGACCCUUGACUUUUUAAUAUUACAUUUUGUUUGGCUGUUGUACAGUAACUGAGUUAUAAUAGCUGAGUUAUAAUAACCAGACAAACAAAGAAAAAAGAUGGUCAGGUGGUAUUGGUUAUGUUUUCACAUAAUCAUUAUUUGAUCUGAAUCUCUGAGUUAGAUUUACAUUAUUGAUUACAGCAGCACUGUGAUUCUACAGCAGAACAUCAGCUUUAUCAAUAUAAUCCAAAGGAUUUCUUAAAAGGUGUUCUGAUUAAAGUAAGAAGGUCUUUUUCAUUUAGAGACACAGAUAUCAAGAAUCAGCCUGUGAAUCUCAACAAUGGUGAGAAUAAUAAAGCAUGUUGCAGUGCAUUCUGGGUGCCACCAAUCAAAAUUCAUCCAUGGAUCCCAUCAUGCAUUGCUGCAUGAAUAAAUUAUGAGAUUAAUUGUUUUAGUAAUUUCCUUUAUUCUCACUAUUUUUAUUUUGUUCUGUUUUUCUGACUUUUUAGUAGCUUGUUUUCUAAUGUUCAGAGUUGAUCUGUUUAUCAUAAUAUGUUGCUUGUCACCGUUGUUGAGAUUCAUACGCUGAUUCUUGAUGUCUGUGUGUGCCUGAAAGUUUUUUUUUUUUUAAAUUUACUUAUUUAUUUAUUUAUUUAAUCAGAACAACUUUUAAGAAAUUCUUUGGAUUAUAUUGUAUUGAAAUAGCUGAUCUUCUGCUGUAAUCAAUAAUGUAAAUCUAACUCAGAGAUUCAGAUCAAAUAAUGAUUAUGUGAAAACAUAACCAACACCACCUGAUCAUCUCUUUGCUUGUCUGGCUGUUAUGACUCAAUUACAACAACCAAACACAAUCUAAUAUUAAAAAGUCAAGGGUCAGGAGCCCAACUAAAGCAAACCCUGAUCUCCAUGAUGGUGACUUACUUUGUGAUUUUAACAGCAGGUGUUCGUCACUAAUGUUCAACAGUCACACGAUUAAUGAAUUAUCUUGAUUGAAUGUCUUGUUUUGUUCUUGGAAGGUCUGGUCUCGACCACACCUCUGGUCUUGAAUGGUCUUGGUUUUGGAGGUGUGGUCUUCACCUCUUCACAUUACAGCUGUUCUUGGCUGCACAGAUUGUGUUGGAUACUGUGAACAAAUACACAGGUUGUGUUCAUUUUAAAACUACACAUAAUGUGUAAAACAAUUGAAUUCUUCCAACACAUUUUUAUGCAAUAUUUACAUAAAAUGUGUAAACUAGUUACACAUAAUGUGUCAUUUUUCUACACGUUUCUUCUUAGAGUGUACAAUGAAACAAUUUUCACUUUAAAACAAUACAGCAAUUUUGUGUGUGUGUGUGUGUGUGUGUGUGUGUGUGUGUGUGUGUGUGUGUGUGUGUGUGUGUGUGUGUUUAUUUAUAGGAAAAACUAAUGAUAGAUGCAUUUUACAUUGAGUUGUGUUUUAUAUAAUACAUAUUACAUUUUUAAAGAUUUAGAUGACAUUUUUAAAGAUUUUUAUGAUGUUUCAGGCUUUGUCCAUUAACUCAUGUCUAUAAUGUUAAUCAACAUUUGGAAGUCAUUUCUCAAAGGAGAAAAUGAAUGGGAUUUUUACUUCAAGAACGGUGUCAUUUUAAUGAUUCUAUGUAAACUUACCACAGAUCUGUGAGUAAGAAACUGUUUUUAACUGACAUGAAGAACUACACUACCCAUGAUCUUGAAGAAAAAUCAAUCAGAGAAUCAUGACCAAUGUUGAAAUAUGGGUGCAUUGCCUCAUAUGUCUUUUCUCUUGUUUACAUUUUUUUUCCCUUCAAGAUCAAAAUUUACUCUGCAAUCAUUAUUGUAUUUAUAUGCAUAAUAAAUAUACACAAUAUAUUUUCAGUGCCUUUUUUGUUGUUGUUCUAAAAGGUUUAUGUAAAGUCUUUUAUAAAAUGUGAAUUUGGUUUGCAAAGAGCCCACUUUUAUGUAUAUGAAUAACUGCAUAAUAUAUUGUUCUUUCGUUAUUCUGUAAAUAAAGGCCAUAACUUGUAUGCAAUCUAUUUAUACAGAUUUUUACAUAUUUUUAUAAUUUGUAAUGCUGUGACUCAUGUUGGAGGUUAGUGGUUUGGUUAAUGGUUUAGAACUCGUUAUAGUAAAAUCCAAUAAUUAG